UGAAUAAAAUUUUAUUAGUAUUUAAUAAAAUUUUAUUAGAUACUAAUAUGUGUUUAUUAAAACCACCGCCAGUCUCGCUUUAACGGUAGCCAUCUUUAAUGCUGAAUGAAGUCAAGGCAUAGAAUUCGGAGUUAUUGUUUAUUAAUAGUGAAUAAAAAUUAAAAUAAUUAUUAAACAGUGAAAAGUGUCUAUUAACCAAUGGAUGUUUUAUCAAAAGAAAGGGAUUUAGAUGCAUUGUGGCCAAUUUUUCAACGCAUAUAAAAAUUAAAAUUUCUUUAAGUAAUUCAAUGUAUAUAUGUGUAUAUUUAUAACCUGCUUGCGGUUAGCCUUAUUUGAUUUUUAAUUUUAAUGUCAGCAUAAGUGCGAAUGCUACCAUUAUUAUAUCAUGUAGUGAUUUUUAAUAAAAGAAAAAUUAGCAGAACAAGUUCAUGAUGCAAGAGUAAUUAUUGUUGGGUCAGGAGCAGCAGGUAUAGCCGCUGCGUCGAAAUUGCUUCAAAAUGGCUUUACUGAUAUCAAAAUUAUUGAAGCUGAGAACCGAAUUGGUGGUCGGCUUUGGGCAGUUAAAAUCGGCGAUUAUAUGAUGGAUAUGGGAGGCCAAUGGGUACACGGUGAAGAAGAUAACGUUUCCUUCGAACUAGCCUGGCCUUUAGGACUCCUUGAACACUUUAAUUACAGCCAUGUUUUUACCACAAGAUUCUUCAAUUCCUCUGAAUGGAAGAAUACUUCAAAAGAUUGCCAGAGGUUACAGAUGACAUGAAGAAUUUGAUUUUGUAUCUUUUUAACUUGGUACAAGGAUCUUCUGAUGGCUCUGAUGAUUGGACGAAACUUUCACCUAAGAUGCCAAGAGAUUACCCAGUUUGUAAAGGCGAUUUUUCGAUUAAUUGGAAAGAGUCCACUUAUACUACAAUAUUGGAUAUCCUGAUGAAGAAAUAUCCGAAUCCGACAGAAGAACUACCAGUUUUGAAUAAUACGAUUUUAAAUUCAAAAGUUGUUAAAAUAAAUUAUGAUUCAUCAGAUGCACCAGUUGAAAUAACUACUGAAGAGGGUAAAAAAUAUUUAGCUGAUCAUAUUAUUGUAAUGCCGUCUUUAGGAGUUUUAAAAGCUGAUUAUGAAAAAUUGUUCAAUCCGCCUUUACCAGAUAAAAAAAUUAAUGCUAUUCAAAAUGACAGUAAAGUUAACUCGGAUGUGAAAAUAGAAGACAAAAUGAAACUAUCUCAAGAAGUUAAAAACAUAAAUUACACGAACCCAAAUGAAAUAAUUGUAACGACAGCUGAUGGCAACAAUUACACGACAUCAAAUGUAAUUAUAACGAUGUCGCUGGGUGUAUUGAAAAAUUAUCAUAAAAAAUUAUUCAACCCAUUCACUUUCUGUUCGAGAACAUGCAGUUGUACAGCUAGAACUGAAAUGCAAAUUAAAAUCAAGUCGAAAUACACUGAAAAAAAAAUUUGCUAUUGUAACAAAAGUCAGGAUUACGCAGUUAUUUGUUGAGAUAACAAAUCCAUC